AAGGUCGAGCGUUUUCAUGGAUGGAGUCAGCUCGCAUCGAAGUGAGUAAAGUUAAAAGAAGGACACUGGGCGAGCACUGGAUGUGUUUUAAUCCGUUUUUAACUCACAAAUGCACCGCGCUUGACACUUGCGGGGGGUUACCGCGAAAGGGAUAUUCUUUUUUUCAGUGGAAAAGUCAAUAAAAUGGAAUGUGUGUCGGCGUAGUUGAUCCCCUACAUGCCGCUGGCUGACGAGCAGGAGAAGAGCAGAAAGCAUGGACGUGGAAGACUUUCCUCCCCCGCCUCCUGAAAUGUUGGCGGACGACGCCGAUGAAGAUGAGGGGGAAGCCUUUGACUUUGACGACAGCGGCGACGACAACGUCCCCGAAGCGGACUGCCCGCCCCCCGCACCUCCGGCCCCCCUCGCUGCAGGCAGCGCGGACGGGGGCCGGGACGUCCGUCCCCCCGAGGGCCGCCUCGCCAGCCCGGCACCACCGGCGCCUCCGUCCCCGGCCGACGCAGCUCCGUCAGCGGCAGACACAACAGCUGCCACGAGCCGAUCCACCGCAGCAGGAGGGGACGGGACGUCUGGUGACACGGAGACAGACUUGCCUCCACCCCCUCCUCUCGAUGAGGACGGAGCAGAGGCAGAUCCUGGAGGAACAGGCGGUGAGGUCCAGGAUGCGUCCAGCGGUGACCCCCGCCAGGCCGUCCCCAAAAGCUCCCCCCGGGGCAAAGUCAACCCCUACUCUGUGAUCGACAUCACUCCUCUGCAACUGCAGCCGCCUGAGCAGCAGCAGCAUCAUGGACCCUCCUCUGCUGCCAACUCGCCAACGGAGCCCGAGGAACCGGAGGGAGACCCCCAGGACAUCCCCAGCGGCCCCGCUGGCCCCCCCCCAGGACACCCUGCCCCGGUGCCCUGCGGCUACGCCACCCCCUCCGGUGUGCCGCUCAUCACGCCGGCGUACACCACCCCCGUCAUCAUUCGCCACCUCUCCGUGGAUGAGGAUGUCGCUGUGGUGGGGGCCGGCAGCACCUCUGUGGACGGUGAAGCGAGUCCGCCUGUUCGGGAAGAGGACGCUUUGGCUAAAUGGGCCUCCGAUCCCGCCAACACAGCGUGGAUGGACAAUCCAGACGAGGUGAUUUACGAUGACGUGCCGAGAGAGAACUCUGACUCCAACACAGACCCCGACGAGAUGAUCUACGACGACGUGGAGCUCGGCGAGGGCGGCGACAGCUCCCUCGACAACGGCUGGAGCUCCAGCGAGUUCGAAAGCUACGACGAGGCCAGCGACGGCGAAGGUCGCCCCGAGAACGGCCUGCCGCACGCCUACAUGAGAGGGAAGCCCCCCCAGGGGAAAACCCACCUCUCUCAAGAUCUGACACGCUUGAAAGAACACUAUGAGAAAAGGAUGAAAGAUCUAAUGGCAAAUGCAGUGGGAACGGUAGAGCUGCAGCAGUUAAAACACAAACAGGAGCAGAAGAUGCAAAAGCUGGUGAAAGCCGCUAAGGAAGGGACCAAAGACGGACUUGAGAAGACCAAAGCUGCAGUAAAGAAGGGACGCUCUUUCAUCAAAACCAAGUCAUUCUGUCACGAGAGGAAGUCUGUCUUUUUGGAGGAUGAGGAGUCGGAGCUCUUCAUCGAGGUGGACUGUUUCAACGUUGAGCCGGUGCUGUGUCCCCCGCCGCCGGGUCUUUCACAGCAACAGCUGGUGAGAAGAUGUAUUUUGGGAUCAAUACUGGAGAGCGAGAAGAACUAUCUCGACGCACUGAAGAGGAUAUUGGAGCAAUACGAGAAGCCCCUGUCCCAGCUGGAGCCAAGGCUGCUGAGCGACAGGAAGCUGAAGAUGACCUUCUAUCGCGUGCGAGAGAUCCUGCAGUGCCACUUCCUGUUCCAGAUCGCCCUGGCGAGCCGCGUCGCCGAGUGGGACAGCCUGGAGAUGAUCGGGGAUGUCUUCGUCGCAUCAUUCUCAAAGUCCAUGCUGCUGGACGCCUACAGUGAGUAUGUGAACAACUUCAGCACCGCCAUGGCCGUGGUGAGGAAGACGUGCGCCUCCAAACCCGGCUUCCUGGAAUUCCUCAAGCAUCGCCAGGAGACCAGCAGCGACCGGAUGACUCUGUACGGCCUGAUGAUGAAACCCAUCCAGAGGUUCCCGCAGUUCAUCCUGCUCCUUCAGGACAUGCUGAAGAACACACCGGCGGGCCACGCCGACCGCCUGCCCCUGCAGAUGGCCCUGGCUGAACUGGAGACACUGGCAGAGAAGCUCAACGAAAAGAAGAGGGAAGCCGACCAGCGCUGCGAGAUCCGCCACAUUGCGAAGGCCAUGAACGAACGCUACCUCAACAAGCUCCUGAGCAACGGCAGCCGCUACCUGAUCCGCUCCGACGACAUGGUGGAGACUGUCUACAACGAGCGUGGUGAAGUCAUCAAAACCAAGGAGAGACGCCUCUUCCUGCUCAACGACGUUCUCAUGUGUGCGACGGCCAAUGUCCGGUGUCCGGAUGGCAGCGGCAACGUCCCGCUCGACCAGAAGUUCCUUCUCAAGUGGAGCGUGCCUUUGAGCUUCGUGGAAGUGCUGGAGUUUGGAUCCAGCGAGGACAUGGCCGACAGCAGUCGCUACCCAGCGUCCCAUUCCGGGGAGAAGGUGGUCAUCAAUGCAAAGCCAAACAAGCUGUACAUGGGCCCCGGCCAGUUGUACCAAGAUCUGCAGAACCUGAUCCACGACCUCAGCCUGGUCAACCAGAUCUCCUCCCUGAUCCACAGCCUCAAAGGCAACUACCAGAAUGUGAACUCGGCAGUGGCCCAGGAUUGGGUGUCAGGUCUCCAGAGGCUCAUCCUGAAGAAGGAGGAGGAGAUCAGGGCAGCUGACCGUUGUAGGAUCCAGCUCCAGCUGCCUGGCAAACAUGACAAGUCGGGCAGACCAACCUAUUUCAGCGCAGUAUUCAAUACUCUCAGCCCGGCCACCAAGCAGUCAUGGAUCACCAACCUGCAGAUGGCCAAGCUUGCUUUAGAGGAGGACAACCUGCAGGGCUGGUUCUUCGCUGAGGAGGACGGGAAUCAGAUCAAGAAGCAGAAACACCCUCUCUUGCUCCGGCAGAUGCCCGUGGUGAUGUCCAAACUCCAAGAGUUCAAAGUGGAAUGUGCGGUUCAUAAUCCAGAGCCGCACAUCAACACGGAGAGCACGGCGGAUACUCCCGUGGUGGGCCAUGGCUGUGUCUGGGUUGCGAGUUGCACCAACCAGAUGGGCCAGAUAUCCAUCGUGGCCAUGCAGAGCUCCAGCCCCAAGGUGACCGAGUGUUUCAACGUGGAGUCCCGUAUCCUCUGCAUGGCCUACGUCCCUGCGGAGCAACCUCAGGAGGAUGGCGAGAGCAAGAUUCACGAAAACGCCGACGCCCCCGCGGCGAAGGCCAGUGAUUCUCCCAGUGUGUGUCUGGGCAUGGAGGAGGGCAGCGUCAUCGUGUACAAGAGCAGCCAACGGUGCAAGAAAGUCCGUCUGCAGCACUUCUUCAGCCCGGACAAGUCCACCGUCACCAGCCUGGUGUACAAGGAGCGCUGCCUGUACGUGGGCCUGGUCAGCGGCUCCGUGGCAGUCUACUCCAGAUCACCAGACGGUUUGUGGAGCAGCGAAAAGCCCGCGGUGCUGAAACUGGGCGUCCUCCCGGUGAAGGCCAUGCUGGCUGUGGGAGAGCACCUCUGGGCCUCGACGGGUGGACAGGUCUUCAUCAUCAGCGCCCACACGCACUGUGUGGAGAGGCAGCUGGAGGUCCACCAGGAGGAGGGCAUGGUGGUGUCCCACAUGGUGGUGGCGGGGGUGGGCAUCUGGAUCGCCUUCAGCUCCGGUUCCACUCUGCGCCUUUUCCACACCGAGACGCUGGAGCACCUGCAGGACAUUAACAUCGCCACACCUGUCCACAACACGCUACCUGGAAACCAGAGAGUGUCGGUGAGCAGUCUGCUGGUCUGUCACGGCCUCCUGCUGGUCGGGACCAACCUGGGGGUGACUGUGGCCCUCUCGGUGCCCAGACUGCAGGGGAUCCCCAAGGUCACAGGUCGGGGGAUGGUGUCCCUACACGCCCACAACGGCCCCGUCAAGUUCCUCAGCGUGGCUGCCGCCGUGUGCAACCGGCCCCCGGUCCCGUCGGCCUCCACCCCUCCCACCUCACUUCAGCCGACGGAGACGGACGGCGGGGACGGGGAGAACCCCCGGGCCCCCUCGGAUUCGGAUUCGGCCCCGACCGCCCCGCAGCGGGGCGUGUGGCUGGGAGAGGCGGGCUGCACCUCCAUGGCUCUCCAGGACUCCCUGUCCUCCUCGUCCUGCGGCUCCCUAGCGCCGUCCCAGGGCUCUCUGGAGCACGGGCCCGAGGACGGGGCCCUCUACGACGUGCUCCACGACCCGGCCCACCACCGGAGGGGCCGCCGGGCCAGCAAGGUGGACGUCAGCUCUCUGCUGGUGGUGUCCGGAGGCCUCGGCCACCGCAGGGUCAACAGAAAGACCAAGCAGUCUCGCCAUGAGGACACCACCUCCACCAUCUUCAUCUGGCAGAUCCCCUUGCUCAACAUGUGACCCGCCCCCUCCUACCUAUCUCACCUAUAUCGUUAGUGCUCCAAUGACUUCUCCUGGCGAGGAAGAAAAAGCAAAACGAUCGAUACAAGCGCUCGACGGAGAGGCUCCACGCGGAGCCCGUCGGACGGGGGCGAACGCGGAGAGCUCUUUAUUUUCUCCCCCCGAUGAAGUUAGUUGCUUUGUAACACGGCUAACACAUUACUCCCCCGUGUUUGUGCCGUACCAGCGGACUGUGAGGGACGGCGGCAUGCAAAUCAGUGUUGAUGCCCUCUUGCAAGGUGUGAAAGGAAACGAAAGGGGGCUUUGAAUCUGUCACGUUGAGGGUAAAUUAAGAUUAGCUUUUGGCCUGUUGGGCAUCUAUGGAGGCCCCAGGUGUAAGAGGGUCAUCUUUAGUCAACAGAGGAAAAAGGGAUGGAGAAAUAUCGAUGGCUGAACUUGUUCGGGAAGGCUUCAUCCUGGCUGGCCAGGUUUUUAAUUAAUAAAGCAACUAAUGUGUUGUCGUCACCAGGAGAGAUUUCACCCCCAAUGAAUAUUUUUGUCUUACAUGAGGAUAUUUAAAAGAAAAAAAAAAAGGAAGAAAAAAAACUUUGUACCUUUUGUCACAAUUUGUAUGUACUUCUUUGUAUUAACAAAUACAUAAACUGUUUUAUUGAGCAA